GCCCCAACGAUCGCACCCAUCUCUUGAUCCAACCAACAUGGCCGUCGUUUCACCCGCAGAGGUCGAUCCAGCCCCAGCCCACUCGAUUUCCCACGCAUCGUCACCAACAGCGGACGGGGUCCUGGCGGUUCUUCGACUCCUUGGACGCAUAUUGCCUCGCUUUGGCUCGAUUUCAAGCCGCCUCGACCAGUCGGUGGUUCCAGGCAUCGCAUCGCUGGAGUCGGCGCUGAUGAAUCGCAUUCCGGUCCUUGGCUGGCUCCACAAUCGCCUCAGGAUUCCGCCGUUGGUCGCGGUCGGGCUUUUGCUGUCGGCCAUCCUCGGGCCGUUCAAAGACACUAUUCAGAGGAACAGUGCCAUCGGUGCCAAUAUUGCCGGAGUCGCCUAUCCAUCACUCGCCACUUUUUGGUCCAUCCAGAGGGCCGGAGAUGGAGGCCGGCCAGAGAGCACGAGGUGGCUCUGCUACUGGCCGAUCUUUGGAGUCCUCACGAUUCUGGAUGAGUGGAUCGGUCGCGACAAAAAACGCUCGCUCAUCUACAAUAUCCACAGAUCGUUGAUCUUUUACUGGCUCUCGAGCGGUGGGGCCUUGAUGCUCUACGAGCGAUUCGUCGAGCCCAUGAUGCGACGAGGAGCCAAUGUCUCGUCGCCUCAGUCACUACCAAAGUCGGUGCCGGUUGUGAUAAGUGAACCGGCCGACGCGGCCGAUGACGACUAUAUCCCUCUGACUGGAGCCUCGACGCCGCUCUUCAACGUGCAGCCCAAGAAUAUGCUGGGAAGCAUCAAUGCCGGUCGGGCCUCGGCAUCGUUCAGUACCUCAUUUACGGAUGAUGGGGGCGAGAGCGACUCUGCCUCGGCCGGUGAACCCAUUCUCCAUUGA